AAAUUGUACAGAUACGUGUCUUUUAUCUUCCAUAAGUUCCCUUUAACUGUCGAAUCAGAAACUAACUUCAUCCUUGCUUCCUAUUCUUCCAUUAUGUCACCCACUGUAACCUAGCAGUGACCUGGCUCAGCUGAAGGCUGAAACGCGACACUUGAACGGUGCUGCUAAGCUAACGCGUCAGUAAGGAGAAGGGACUCUGAGAACACAAAUCUCAAGAUGAUCUUUCGUCUUUUAUUCAACCUCAUCAACAACCCUCGCAUCAUCGAGAAGUUGGCAGAGUCUCGUCCGAUCCGGAGGGCGGCUCAGAUCACAGCCUACGCCAUCACCAAGGCUCAGAUAGCCGGGAGGGACGCGUCGGAGCGGGCCUUGCGGUCCAACACGCUGCGCCAGGUGCGUGAAGAAGCCAGCAGGGCCCCCGGUGACCUGGGAGAGAUGGGCAGCCGACUCAAGAAAGUCAGAGAGACAUUUGUGAAUGAGGUCAAAGAGGGAUGGAAAGAAGGCUCCAGGCAGAUCAAGAAAUGAAAAGGACAGACGGGAUGUAGGAUGAUUGGAAAGACUGAGAUACCACUGAUAAUAAGACAAUACCAACCUCACCUGGAUUCAGGUGGUGUCCAAAAGAAAGCUUCAUGCUGAUCAUGAAAUCACUUCAAUGGCCAGACUGGUGGCUAAACAGAUGGUGUCCUUACAUCAUGAAGGGAUGUUUUACCUUCUCCUUGUAUUGAUGUACGCUCAUAUAUGACACCUAAUCCUGCCACUGCAGAUCUGUACAUGAAGCUGUCUAGGUAAAUCAUUUUAUUGUUGAACUGUACAUAUGUAGAGAGAUAUCUGUAUACACAACAAAUACACUACUGAUCUUCUGAUGAAUAAAGAUUGUUAUUUAUAACGCA